AUGCUCAUUGCCAAAGCACUCCCCAUAAUGCAAGUGUAUGUAAAACCUAGUGGUCAAAGGGGAUAUAUUGGACAUUGUAUAAAUUUGCCUCAAAAAGUGUCAGAGUUAGCUAAUUCUCUUCCACGUGUUCCUUCUGAUAUACCAAUUAUAAUAGUUACUAUGAAAGGGAAGGACAAUGCUCUAAAAGAUGUUUUAGUUAGGAGACAAAAAGUUGAGCAAGCAUGACGUUGGUUGUUAAAACAUAAUCCACAAUACAGAUGUGUGACAAAAGAUACAAAUGCAUUAGAAUCAUUACCAAGUAAUGGUAUUCCUUCUAAUAUACCAACAAUACAAACAUUAGAAGACCCAGAUGCAGUUGAUGAUCAGGAUACUGAUACAAUUUUAACUGGAGGGGAAGUUGUUAAUUGUGACAAAGAAACAAAUAGCUUUCUCCCAGUCUCUUCAAAUAGCUGUUUAGAAAGUGAAGAAACAAAAAGUAAUCUUAAUAACUCUAAAAUAAAUUGGCCUUCAAUUGAUGACCAACCAUUAAAUGAGUAUACAACGCCAUUUCGUUCCACCCUUGCUUUUCCUACACUUUUUCCAGAUGGUAAUGGCGAUCCAACCAAUCCCUGUCUGGAAAGAGACGUAACUUUUGGUAAUCGAAUUCAACAUCUUUUGAAAUAUUCUGAAAAUAUUGAUGGAAAAUUGGUGUACAGGUUUUCUUCUCACCCAAGGUUUUCAUAUUGGGCUUUAAAUGUGAUCCAAAGGAAACGUGCCAUUCAACAAACUUCCAUUUUUCUCAAGCAGAAUCCAGAUGAAUCUCAUCUUACUGUGGAAGAAUUACAAGAAAUGGCCUCUGGUAACAGUUCAUCAACUUUUAUGUCAAAACUUUCUAGACACGUAGCAAAUGUCACUGGCAGUUGUGCAUAUUGGUUUAAAGUUAAGGAAGACUUAACAGCAAUCAUUGUUGCAAAAGGUGCCCCAACAAUAUUUUUCACAUUCUCUUCUGCAGAUCUUUACUGGCCUGAAUUGCAUUCACUUUUUUCUCCAAAUGAUGAUAAUUUAAGUAAAGAGGACAAACGUAAAAACGUUAUUGACAAUCCUCACUUAGUUGACUGGUUUUUCACUAAACGUCUAGAAUCAUUUUUGAAACAUUGGUUGUAUGAAUGA